GGAAGCGGUGCGGCGGACGGCGGUGGGCGCCCGGCUUGCCGCGGCGGCGCUAUGCCUCGUCGCCUUCUCCGUCCUGGCUGCCGAUAGAGACAAGGGUUGGGCUCUCGACUCCUACAACCGCUACAAGCAAUUCCGGUAUUGCGUCUCCGUGAACGUGAUCGGGUUCGUGUACUCAGGAUUUCAGGUGUAUGCACAGGCCCACUACAUGAUGACGGAGAAGCACAUUAUACGUCGUCCCAUGGGAGACUACUUGGACUUCGCUAUGGAUCAGAUAUUGGCUUAUCUCUUAAUUUCAUCGUCAUCUUCGGCCACUGCUCGCACUGGAGACUGGGUGUCCAACUGGGGAAGAGAUCCCUUUCCCGACAUGGCUACUGGUUCUGUAGCUGUAUCGUUCCUGGCUUUCCUUGCUUUCGCCCUCAGUGCUCUCAUCUCUGCAUAUUAUCUCUUCCGCCCAAGCCUGUAACCUUCUCUGGGGAGCACUAAACUGACGCACAAGUUGUAAUGCUACGUAGUUGUGCCUUUCUGCUUAGGAUUGUGACAGAGUGAGUGCUAAAAAUUGUGUGGCUUGUCCAGAAUGACUGAUCUCUGUGCUUUUCUGGAGCUCAUUUAACUACUUUCAUGGACAAUCUGAAAGUUAGUCUCUGUAUAAUAUAUGAUCGACCAGAGCUCAGUUCCUAAAACUGUAUCACAUAUAUAUGGGCAGAUAUCUCUGUUAAA